AUGGUCGUCAUGCCUUCCAUUCGUACUCAGCCGUAUGGACUUACGGUCGUCGGAGGUCGGAUGGGAGUCGUCGGUGUCCCCGGCUUUUUGCUCGGCGGCGGGAUAUCGUUUUUCGGCAACGAGUAUGGAUGGGCCUCGGCGAAUAUCGCAAGUUACGAGUGUGUGCUGGCUGACGGCACUAUCCUCAAUGCAACAGCGACCAAUGAGUUCUCGGAUCUAUUCUGGGCGCUGCGCGGUGGCGGAAAUAGCUUCGCCAUUGUCACAAGCUUUGCGUUGAAAACCAUCCAGGCGUCGGCUGUGACUGUCGGUCAGAACUCGUAUGGCACAGGGCUGCGUGAUGAAUAUCUUGACAGUGUGUUUGGCUUUGCUUUCGACGGUGGCCUUGACAAGAAAGCUGCAAUCACACCAACUGUCACCUGGACGUCUUCCACAGGAAGUGAUUUUGCAUAUUCGUCAUUUCUCUUCUAUAACGGCAAUGUCACGGCGCCACCCGCAUUGUCCAACUUCACUGGACCUGAUGCGCUGUUGCCUGCCGCGUCGAGUACAUUUUCAUAUCGACCAUUCUCGGACUGGUCAAACGAGACAGAGACAGGAUUCGAGAGAGUACACGGCAUGGUCUUCCGUUUCCAUGUGCUUUCUUUUCGAGCAAACAGAGAAGCAAUGGAGUUUAUCCACGACACUUUCCUUAGCAUGGCUAGCCAGCGCCUUGCUAACGUGACGAACUCUCUUGCGACUCUAGCCAUGAUGCCCAUUUCCGAGUCGUUCAUCUCCACAAAUAGGAAUGGCACGGCUGGAGAUCCGAUGGGAAUUGACGCUACCAAGGCGCCAUAUAUAUGGGUCGAGGAGGCUAUCAUGCACGCAAAUCCCGCUGAUACACCGAAAGUCGACCAGUUCCUCAUUGAUGUCAAUGCUAUUAUAGACGAAAAGCUGACCUCGUUGAAUGUUGCCAGUCCCUAUCUCUACUUGAAUGAUGCGGACAAGAACCAGCCAGUCUUCCAGGGUUAUGCGCCAGAAAACGUGGCAAGACUGAAGGAAAUACGGUCGAAGUAUGAUCCGCAGAGUAUCUACACGGAUCAGAUGCCAGGAGGAUGGAAGGUGGCCGCAAUAUAA